CGGCGCGGCGCGUUCUAGCGUCCUCCGGAACCGGAAGGAAGCCUGCGGGCGCUCCCGGCAUGCAGCGCGGAUGAGGCGGGAGCGAGGUUGCGAGCAGUGUUGCUGUGGCGACGGUGGCCAACGCUGCGUCGUGGCUGAGGCCCUGGUUGGCAGUUGAGCCACCCCCUAACACGGUGGGGAAGGGCAAUGUCGCGGCCGGGCACCAAGGAACCGCGGGUGAUGAACGUGUCCAGCUCCCUGGAGUUGGAAGACAUCAGCUUGGAGACCACAGUGCCCACGGACGACCUGUCCUCCUCCGAAGAGAGGGGCGGUGGCAGGAAGGUCACGAGGCAGUUGCUAGAGCGCAAGGAGCUGCUGCACCGUCUGCAGGUGCUGAAGAUUGAGCUGUCGCAGAAAAACCUCAUGCUGGACAACCUGAAGGUGGAGUACCUGACCAAGAUUGAAGAGCUAGAAGAGAAGCUGAAUGAUGCUAUCCAUCAGAAACAACUGUUGUCUUUACGACUAGAUAGCCAGUUGGCAUUGCAGCAAGAAGAUGCCAGAAAACAUCAGGAGCUAAUGAAACAGGAAAUGGAAACCAUUUUACUGAGGCAGAAACAACUAGAAGAAACAAAUCAUCAGUUGAGGGAGCGAGCUGGAGAUAUCCAUCGUAGCCUGCGUGACUUGGAAUUGACAGCAGAUUACUAUGAGAAACUGAAGUCCCUUUCUGAAGAUGAGCUUUCUAUCCCUGAAUAUGUUUCUGUUCGGUUCUAUGAAGUAGUCCAUCCAUUAAGAACAGAAUUAAAUGAACUGCAAGUGAAAAGGGAUAGUCUAACAGAGGAAUUAAGUGAUUAUAAGGUCCAGCUGAAGAGUGUGAUGGAGAGUUAUGAAGAUGAGAGAAGAAGUCGUUCAGAACUUGAGAUUAGAUGUCAACGUUUGAUGUUGGAAUUAGCAGAUACAAAACAGAUGAUUCAACAAGGUGAUUAUAGACAAGAGAACUAUGAUAAAGUGAAAUGUGAACGAGAUACAUUUGAACAUGAAUUAUCAGAGCUCAGGAGAAAAUAUGAAAUACUAGACAUAUCACACAAAGCACAAGCCAAAGAAAGGAAUGACUUAUCAAAAGAGGUGACAACAUUACAGCAGUCUGUUAAUUUGCUGCAAAAGGAUAAAGACUAUCUUAAUCACCAGAAUAUGGAACUCAGUGUUCGCCGUGCCCAUGAAGAAGAUCGUCUUGAAAGACUCCAGAUUCAGUUGGAGGAUGCCAAAAAAGCUAGAGAAGAAGUAUAUGAGAAAUAUGUAACAUCCAGAGAUCGUUAUAAAACAGAAUAUGAAAACAAAUUGCGUGAAGAAUUGGAACAAAUUAGAUUGAAAACAAAUCAAGAGAUUGAGCAGCUUCGAAGUGUUUCAAAGGAGAUGUAUGAACGUGAAAACAGAAAUUUGAGAGAAGCAAGAGAUAAUGCCGUAGCUGAAAAACAGAGAGCAAUUUUGGCGGAGAAACAUGCUUUAGCAAAAUAUGAACAACUUUUAGAACAGUACAGACAGUUGCAACUCAGCACAGAAACCAAGGUGGCUGAACUUCUCCAUCAAAAUAAAUUAAAGGCCUUUGAGAGUGAACGUGUUCAUCUCCUGCAUGAAGAAACAGCCAAGAAUCUUUCUCAGUGUCAAUUAGAGUGUGAGAAAUAUCAGAGAAAACUGGAGGUUUUGACUAAGGAAUUCUAUAGCCUUCAAGCUUCUAGUGAAACGCGUGUUAUUGAACUUCAGGCAAAGAAUUCAGAGCGUCAAGCAAAACUUGAUACAUAUGAAAAACUGGAAAAAGAACUAGAUGAGAUAAUAUUGCAAACGGCAGAAAUGGAAAAUGAAGAUGAGGCAGAAAGAAUUCUGUUUUCCUAUGGGUAUGGUGCUAAUGUUCCUACAACAGCGAAAAGGCGACUGAAACAAAGUGUUCACUUGGCAAGAAGGCUACUGGAGCUAGAAAAGCAAAACUCACUGCUUAUAAAAGAUCUGGAACAUCAGAAGGAACAAGUAACACAGAUUUCACAAGAGCUUGACCAUGCCAAUUCUUUGUUGAGUCAAGUACAACAGCCAUACAAGUACCUCACUGAAACUGUAAAACAGAGAGACACUCAGAUACAUUUACAGAAAGAACAUAUUGCACAACUUGAGAAAGAUGUCAGUAUUUUAAAUAAAGAAAAGACAGCUUUGCUGCGUGUCAAGAAUCAGAUGGCAGCAGAUUUGGAAAGACUUCUAAAUCAUCGUGAGGAAUUAGCAGUAAUGAAGCAAGUUCUUAUUAGUCUGCAUGGUAAACACUACGGGGAGAAUUUCCCUCAGUUCCAUAACAAUGUAAAAAGUUCAACUGCAAAGCACAAAUCAAACUCUCCUGUAAAGUUGCCAUCAGAACAUGGGGAAGAAAACGUAUUUAUGCCCAAACCAACAUUAUUUACAAAUAAAGAAGCACCUGACUGGUACAGGAAACUAAAACAGAAAACAGCACCAUAACUUUUUUCCUAAGGAUUUUAUUUAUUAGUUUAAGAUUUUUUCUUUGAAGAAUGAAGCUGUGACCAUAAUCAUGUCCUCUUUGCUGCACAAAUAAAUGAUGCAUUUUCAGCUGUAUUUUUUAUAUCUGUAUUGUGGUUUAUAUAGUGUAUUUUAAUAUUACUAUUAAAUAUGUCCAGUG